AUGAGGGACACAAGCAUCAGCAGAAACAGCAGCAGUAACAGCGAAGACGGUGAGGUGGCGUUGAUGUUAUACAGCAGCGGCAGUGCCAGAAACGAUACUACGAACAACAACAGAAACAGAAGCGCCGGAAGUCAGGGUACUGGCACCUGUUGCAAGAGCAGAAGCAUCAGCAGCAACGGUGACUUUAGCAACAGUAACAGCAUCAUCAUCAGCAACAGUAACCGCAACAGCAGUAACUGCAGCCGCGACAGCAGGAACAUCAGCAGCAGUUGUGUAAACAACAAUGGCGGCGAAUACAAGAUUCUUGCUGCCCCUCCGUUUAGCAAUAGCCAACAUGGCGGCGACUGUAAUGGCAUCAAUAGGAGCAACAUGAGGAGCAGCAUCACAAGGAUCAGAAGUAGACGCAGCAAGAACAACGGCGACGAUAGUAAUAACAGCAGCAGAAGCAACAGCUGUCAACAGUCGGGAGUUUCACAAGCGGAGCGGGAACGCGUAGUCGUGGAGCACGAGGAGGAGGUGGAGCAGCAGGAACUUCCGCAGGCCGUGCGACGGCCUGGCGUCACUUGGAGAGAAGCUGGAGGUAGUAGAAGGAGCAGCAGCGGGGUCGUCAGGAGCGGAAGUAGCGAUAGAAGCAGCAGGAGCAGGAGCAGCAACAGCAGCACGACAGGAGGGCCUAGAAUGCCUGUCUUGGCUUCAGCGGCAGCUGGUCAUCCCUUUGCCUCUGGACCCGCAGCUAUAUCUGCUAGAGAAGCAGCGCCGGCAACUAUCGAGAGCUCUGAGAAACAAAACCCCUUGUUGCGACUCGUAGCCUUCGAUGACUUGGAGCAAACCUUCGCCCGCAGUCGGUGUAGAGCCAGCGGUAGACGGAGCACAAACGAGAAUAUUGGAGCGGGCGGAGAGAACAUCGAGUUUUCCCGCGGCGGCCUUGAGGAUCAGCUGCUGGCAGCAGGCAUAUCUGGCGUCUGGAGCCAGUCUGGCAGUAGCAUCAGCAGCGGCAGCGGCAAUAGAGGUUUGGCUGGAGGGGCAGCGGCUGGUGCUGCGCCGUACGUUGUGCAGCAGUUGACAUCGCUGCACAUGGGCCUGCCUUUGGAGCAGCAGCAGCAGUUGCAAGCUGCAACGGCAGCAACGCUAGCCACAAGGUUUCGCGAAGAUCCCCGUUUGGAGGCCCGGGCUUUGCUGGAGUUGGGAGCUGCAUCGAAUGCAAUACCUACCUUUGACUUAUUUCUAGACUACCGCAAGCCCAGCGGGCUUCAGCAGCACCCUUUGCUGCAGUCGGCGUUGCUGCUGCUGCGGCGUUUGCCGCGUUUUGCUCUUCCGCUGUACGAUCAGCAGUUGUUGCAGCAGGUCUGUGAAGACUCAGCUCUUUACCCACGAUUGCAGGGCAUUGAAGUCCCCUUCCGCCUGUUAGCCCACGACCUGCUCUUCCUCGCUGCGUAUUCCUACCUUUCAGACCUUCCCCCUUGGAAUAGACCGCCACUGCGGCUCCUUCGAGUACCCGGCUUUCUGUUGCUUAGCGCUCACCUCCAGCAGCACCAGCAGCAGCCAGGCGCUGACAGCGGAGGGGAGGCGGAUGAGGAGCUCGGGGACGAAUUGCGAGCGAGUGCAGCAGCAGGAGCAACAUCAGCCGAAGCAGCGGAUCUGGAGGCGCUGGACUUGGAAGGUGCGAGUCCCGAGGCAAUGGAGGCGUUCCACUUGCAAGGUUUGGUGCUGUUCAACUUGCAGAUGAUUUUGUCGGACUUCCAUCAAACCCUCAGCAGCGUCGAAAUCUUGUGCGAUGGGGGGCUCGCGCUCGAAGACAACCCUUAUGCUGCGUUGCAUCCCCUCACUUCCUUCCUACAGCAGCAGGGCUUCUUUCUCCACAGUUUCAAAUAUAAGCAGGGCAGCAGCAUUGUCUCAGUAAACAGCAGCUCAAGCACCAGCACCAGCAGCGACGGCGGCAGUGGGUCGUUUCUCACUGCAUCCACCUUACAGGCUGUCGAACGGGAGCGCGGACUUCAGCAGCGUCAGCUCAGCAGCAGCAGGAACAGAAGCAGCAAUAACAACAGCAGUGCUAUGAAAGCUUUUAUUGAUGCAUGCAGGAAAAAGCAUGGCGUGACUGCGAACAGGGUACAGCAGGAGUUACAACGGCAAGGGCGUCUGGUUGGAUCGUGCGAAGACUCGGCGUCAUGUCGCUCUGCUACAGUGGCAGCAGCACUUACUACUGCUGCUCCGGUGGUCAACGAAUGCGCCGUGUGCACCUGCUGCAGCUGCCUCGUAGGGAACCCCUUGGGUGAGGUUGGAGCAGCAGAGACAUUUGCUGCUGCUGCGGCUACAGCAGUGGUGGCGCAGGAGGACGAGACUUCAGAUGACGAUAGCAACGACGCAGACGGGAUUCUACGGAGCCAUACCUUACCGCCAGACGCAUACUCAGAGAGCGCGGCCAGAGACCAAGGAAUUGGGGAGAAGCUGGCGUCUGCCUUCAGUUCUUUUUUGAGGGCCCUAGACGGUGGCGGUCGAAAAAAGAGGCGCCAGCAGCAGGACGGGCCACCUCGGGUGUGCAUACACUCCGUGCUGUACUUGCGAGCCGGGCAAGAGUCCACUGAAGCAGCAGCGGCAGAAGCUGCAGCAGCAGCUGCUGCUGCUGCUGCAGCAGAUGCAGAAGCCAAUGAACGCCGGCAAACGCAGCAGGACUACGAAGAAUGGCAGGAACAGCAGCAACAGCAAGAGCAAGUAGGAGAGGAGGGCGGAUUUCUAUCUUUAAUUGUUGGCGACGGGGAGGGGCAGGACGAUUAUCUUUUUUCCUUUGUAGAAGAUUUGUACUGA